AUCAACUGGGAGCAAGGUCAGCUGCAUUGUCAUGGCUCGCUUGGUGCUAGUGGUGCUGCUCCUCCAGCUGGCCCACAUCCGGAGCGUGGCGAGUCACUACAUCCAGAUCGAUCAUGAAGAGUUUCGAGCCAGCGGUUUUCCGCAUCCCCAUUUUCCUCCACCGCCAUCGCUGACACCCCUGGAUCACCUGCCUCAGGUGCUCGCCGCCAAGGAGCUCACACCCGCCGAGGUGAUGGUAGACUUGACCAACGACCUCACCCACCGUCUGCUCCACUAUCAUUCUAUUCUAAAUCGAAACAAUUUCGCCUUCUCGCCAACGGCUUUGGUCAGUGUCCUGGUUGCCCUGUACGAAGGAUCUGCGGGAAAUAGUGCUGCAGAGUUAAGAAACGUAUUGCAACUUCCCAACAACCGCGAUGUCAUCCGAGUGGGAUAUCGCGACAUUCAUCGACGUUUGAGGACCUACUUCUUUGGCUCCGACAAUCCCCUGAAAGGACUAAGUUUGAACAAGGGCAAUGUCACUGUCCUGAAGGACUUUGAGACAGUUCUCAUGUUUUAUGGCUACGAUUUGAGUGUGGAUAUGCUAUCCUCGAAGCCAGCCAAUCUAACGGGGGAAGCUGAGAUGGUGAACACCACCAUGGCCAGUAAUGCCACGGCUGGGGAAAUGGAAGAGACCACCACAGUGAAAGAGGCCGAAGCCACAACGGAGGCUCCAACCACUACAGAAGCUCCAGCCACGACAACUACCGAGGAGCCUGCCACAACGACAACGGAAGCUCCGGCUGAGGAAGCCACCACAGAAGCGCCAGCCGCAUCAGGAGAGGAGGCUGCUGAGCCUGCUGCCGAUGAUGAGGCAGCCGAGUUAGUUUCCGCUUUUGUGGCUGAGGAGGAUGCCGAACCGCUGCUUCGUAUUCAGAAGGCUAGGGUUUCCAAGCUGCCCAUUAGCAAGCUCCAAGCACCUCUCAAGCACUCGAAUCCGAUCACACCAAAGCCUCUUUACCUUCCCAGCGCAAGGACAAUAGCAGCUAUGCCAAUGAUGGCUCGUCAGGUGGCAGAAAGAAAGCCAUCUCCCCUCCGGCAAGUAAUUUCCAUUUCAGCUCCGCCAGUGGCGAACACUUCACAAUCCAGACGACCAAAAGUGGCACGACACAAGCGCCACGCUCUUCCCGGCUACAAGGAUCUGGACGCGAAUCUCUUCUUGACUCUGUUUAGCCCACAUCCGCAUGUGCCACCGCAUCAUCUGCAUAUUCCUCCGCCAGUUCCCGCUGCAUUCGCCCCAAUCACAAAUGAUUUCGAGCCGCAUUUUGUGAGUGAUGCGGCAGAGAGCAAGUCUAACUAUAACACGGAUGUGAUUAGCCAUGUCUUCUACUUGGGCAAUCAGCAGGUGGUGCACACCACCUUCAAGGUAUACAAUGCCGUGCUGUACUACAAGUACUUCGAGCACCUAAAAAUGAGUGUGCUGGAACUGGAGCUGGACACGCCAGAGUACAAUCUAAUGAUACUACUGCCCGACUACCAAACAGACAUUGUUGGAGCUGCCGCCUCCUUGAAACUGGGACCCACCCUCCGGCUUAUGAGGAAGCAAUUGAAGCCACGAUGGGUUCAGGCCAUCAUUCCAGACUUUAAGCUCCACGGAACCAUGUUUCUCACCAAUGACCUGCAGAAUAUGGGAAUCUGUGACGUCUUUGAGCCAAAUCGAGCCGAUUUUCGACCCAUGACUGAUGAGAAGGGCGUCUAUGUGCGGCACAUUGAGCAAUCCAUAGACGUCACCAUCCGAACGCAUCCCAUCAAUCAGCUGAAGCGCAACUAUGGCGCGCAAACGAAGCCCAUUCAGAUCUCUGUGAACCAUCCGUUUAUGUUUUUCAUCAUUGAUCGCGACCUGGACGUCGCUGUAAUGUCGGGCCGCAUACUGAAUCCGCUGAACGUGCGCAUCCAAUGAGGCGCGACGAAGGUCAAGCAUCGAAAGUGAAGCUCCCUUUCGGUUCCC